AUGCUUUCUAAAAAAUAAUAGAAAGAAAGUGAAUCAAUUUUUAAGGGAUAUUUUAAUGACAAUAGUGAUGAAGAUGAUGAUGAUAAAUCUAAGAGAAAGCAAAACUUGAUCAUGAAUGUCUAAGGUAAUUGCAAAUUAUAAAUAGAGAUACUAAAUAUGAUGUUGUAAAGUUAGUAGGUAAGAAAAUAUUUAAAUGGAAAUUAUAAUAUGAAAUAGAUGGAAAUACAUGGGAUAUAUUUUGGACUGAUGGUACAGUAUAAUCAGAAACUUUAGGGAAAAUGCAAUGUUUAUAUUAAAAAAUAUCUUGAUAGCACAUUAAAAAAUAAAUCAUUUUCCAGGGAUGUUCUCUCUUGCUCGUAAAAAUCAUUUAGGAAAAAAUUUAAUGAAAAUGAGAAAGGAAUUUCCUUUUGAUUUUAAGUUUUUUCCUUAGACUUGGUUAUUACCAUGUGAAUAUGGAGAUCUUAGAAAUUAGUUUAUUAAAGGUAAAACAAAAACUUUUAUUGUUAAACCUUAAGCAAGUUGUUAAGGUAGAGGAAUAUUUCUAAUUAGAAAUAUUAAUGAUGUAGAUCCAAAUGAUCAUUAUGUAGUAUAACAAUAUUUACAUCGUCCAUUUUUAAUAGAUGGAUUAAAAUUUGAUUUAAGAGUAUAUGUUCUAUUAGCAGGUACAGAUCCUAUGAGAAUAUAUGUUUAUUAAGAUGGUUUAGUAAGAUUUGCUACUUAACCAUACAUAUAGCCUUAGGAUAAUAAUCUUAAUGAUGUAUUUAUGCAUUUAACAAAUUAUGCUAUCAAUAAAGAAAAUCCUAAUUUUAUAUUUAAUAAUGAUAAUUCAAAAAUGGAUGUUGGACAUAAAAGAUCAAUUAAAUCAGUUUUUGGUAAAUUAGAAGAGGAAGGAUACAAUAUUUCAUAAUUAUGGUAAGAUAUGUACAAAUUAUUUAUUAAAACCUUUUGUACUGUUUAACCUAUUUUAAAUCAUCAUUAUAAAUCAUGUUAGCCAGAUAAUUAUGCUAAUAAUAUGUGUUUUGAAAUUUUGGGUUUCGAUAUUUUUCUAGAUCAUAAAUUAUAACCUUUUUUAUUGGAAGUUAAUCAUACUCCAAGUUUUAGUACUGAUACACCAUUAGAUUUACUUAUUAAGAAAAAUCUAAUUAGAGACACACUAAUAUUGAUGAAUGUAAAUCUAAAAGCUAAAGAAUAAACUCUUAAUUCUAGAAAAGAAUAAUUGUAAUCAAGAUUAUUAACAGGAAAAAAAUAAAAAAUUACUUAAGAAGACAAAUAGGCUCUUAUUUAAAAAUGUUAAAAAAUUAGGGAUGAGUAUGAGAAUUCAAAUCUAGGUGAUUUCAUUAAAAUUUAUCCAUUAUAAGAUUCUGGAGAGUAUAAUCGAUUUAUACAAUUUGCAUCUUAAUUAUAGGAUAAUAUGACUGGAGCAAGUAAUUUAUAAAUUUUUAUUUAGUCUAGAUAUUAAGAGAAAUUAAAAAAAGAAUUUUAAUGACUUACCUACUAAUAAUCAAUAAACUGGCUAAUCUAUGAUUAAUUCUUAAAUUUACUAAAGGCUUACAAAAAAUAAGGAUCGAUAAACCUAGCUUAAUCAGGAACUAGAAAUUUAAAACUCCAACAAUUAAACUAUCAUUUAAAAUUAAAUGAAAAGAUAGGUAUACUUAUGCUGA